AUGUAACUCUGUAUCUUCUGUCAAAUGUCGUUUGAGUUUCUUCGAACAAAACGUCAAUCAAUUCCGAAUAAGUACCUAGUUCUGAAUUCUGAUUUAGGAUAAUCUUGGAUUUGUCUUCUAUUUUAAAGCAUUUUAGUGAUUAUUACCAUUUUGUUGUAUGAGACUCAUUGACAUAAAUGUAAACUAUUAUGGUGUUACACUAUUCAGCUGAUCGCUCAACAUGCCGCCUAUUAAUUCUAAAGCUAAGAAGGGUGGCGUAGAAUAUGAGAACAUAGUAGUCAAUAAAUGCAAUGCAUUGGAUUUCGAAAAAUAUAUUCAGGAAAACAAAACUUUGCUGCUGAAUGAUCCUCUUAGGGAUAUUCUCCUUUAUCCCACUGAUGAUGUUUCGAGCGUGGUACUGCCGCGGCGAUGGCGCACUGUGACCACAGCCGUGCCGGAUGUUAGAACAGCGGCGACCUGCCCCCUGCUCACGAGGCAGGCGCUACUCAGCUACGCCUCCAGCUGGAACUUAAUACAUUACAAGUACAGCAGCUACUCCGGGACUUAUCUCAACUUGCCAAGAGCUAUAGAAUCCAAGUUUCCGGAAGAGGUUUAUGAUAUAGAUACGGAAGCGGAAUUGGAACAUGAGGCUCAAGCGGCUAAAGUCGACUUCGGUACCAAAGAAGGGUAUUUGCUCAAAGGGCCGGAGAUCGGAUCAGAUAGGAUAUUCAGUAACCUCGCAUCAAAAUCUUUCAAGAAACGAUAUUGCUCAAUGCUCAGAGAGGCGGAUGGCACUUAUGUACUGGAGGUGUAUAAAGACGAGAAAAAAACGGACACAAAGCUCACUAUUGUAAUGGAUUUCUGUUCGGACGUUGUUAAGAAUCCCAAAAGAGGUAGAUAUUGUUUUGAAUUGCGUAUGGCGGGUGGCAAAGGUUACACGUUUGCGACUGAGAAUGAGAAAUCUUUGAAUGAGUGGAUCGUCGCUUUCAAUGCUGCUUUGAAGAAGAAUCAAGAUAGUCAAGAAAACAAUCAAAGCGAUGAAACUUUAGAUAAAGACGCAGAUGUUUCUCUAACCGCCGAACCACCACCUCCGAUAUACGGCACUCUUAAGGGUUUAGAGCACAGCAUGAACCCCCUACUGUUACGGUACUCGCGAGAGACCGACAUGUCCAUAGCAGCGGCCAGGAACGAAUGCCGGUACAAUGUUUUUAGCUUGCCAUACAAACGAGCACCUUCGCCCGAACCUCAGCUAGAACCGUUCAAAGAACAUUUUGGCCAAAGAAUAUUGCUCAAAUGCGAAAGUUUAAAGUUUAGAUUACAAGCGCCGAUAGAUGGCGACAAGGAGCUAUUGUGUCAAGUGGAGCCGUACUACACAUCUCUUGCCUUAUACGACGCCCGAAGCGGCAGAAAGCUCACAGAAAACUUCUAUUUUGACCUUAACCCCGCCGCUGUGAAGGAUCUAGUCAGAGACAACGAGUGCACCAAGUCGCUGGUCGAGAAUUUUAGCUACGAUGUUAAGUUAGAUGUUAAACAGAUACCGGACGAAUGGUUUCGUUCUAAGAGACAGGUAGUCCUCUCAGUGAACAAUCCACAUCCAGAUCUCUUUUUGGUCGUGAAAAUCGACAAAAUCCUCCAAGGACAUGUGAGUCAGGUACUCGAACCGUACCUGAAGGCCACUAAGGACCCAAGGCUGGGUCUCAAGGUACAUAAGACUGUGCAAGCAUAUGCGAAUCGAGUGGGAAGCUAUAGGAUGCCCUUUGCUUGGACGGCGAAACCGCUUUUUAGAUUAUAUAGUAAUGAUUUGGACACUACUCCGGAUUUCCCUGCCAUUUAUCGUCAGGAACCAAACAAAAUGUCUGAUGAGGAUCUCCUAAAAAUAUUGUCUGACUUUAGAAAACCAGAAAAAUUAGCCAAACUAACUGUGAUACCCGGAUGGCUCAAUAUUAGUAUUCAACAAAGUAAUGAACCCAUUCCAAAUUGCAUGACGAGUGCUUACGCAGCACUGAAGCCUUUCCCUCUCCCUCCGACUUCGCCCCUAACGUUGGAAUUGGCGACGUUGAACGUAGAACCGGAACAACCAUACGCUGCUUACGUGCACCAUUUGUACGUGCGCCCGUUGACGCUCAGCUUCGACUCGCAGAAAGUGUUCGCUAGAGCGAGGAAUAUUGCGUGCUCCGUGGAACUCAGGGACAGUGAUAUUGGGGACAAUAAACCUUUACAGGUAGUGUACGGACGCACAGGUAUGACGGAUCAACACAAGUGUUCAGUACUCCAUCACAACGCCAGCCCGAGCUGGUGUGAUGAAGCGAAAAUCAGGCUCCCGGCCACUCUUACACCGCAACACCAUCUACUGUUCACCUUCUAUCAUAUAUCGUGCGAUGUGGCUAAGAAGAACGACGCCAACGUAGAAACUUGUAUUGGGUAUGCUUGGGUACCAUUAUUGAAGAACGACAAAUUUGUAGAAGAAAUUGUUAACUUACCUAUAGCAACACAUUUGCCCUCUGGCUAUCUUUCUAUUCAGCCACUUGGAUUAGGCAAAGGGAAUGCAGGCCCCGAAGUAGUAUGGGUGGAAGGUGAAAAACAGCUGUUCCGAUGUCAGCUAGUAUUAGAUUCGACGGUUGCAACUCGUGAUCCGCACCUUCACAAUCUCUUCAGUCAAGUGGAACGACUUAUUAAAUGCAAUUUUCCCCCCACUUCGCCCUCCCCACCUCCCUGGAAUGACGUAUGCAACGCUUUAAAAGCUGCGCAUGCUAUCAAACUUAGCUCGCUUGUCGCUUUCUUGCCAACAGUGUUAAAUCAGUUGUUUGAAUUAAUGACUGUGGAGAAAAGUUAUAACCAAGACAUGGGAUAUCAAAUAGUCAAGCUGAUUGUUCACUUUGUCCACAUGAUACAUGACUAUGGACGGAAGGAUUUACUGGACAGCUAUGUCAAAUAUGUGUUCAAUUGCGUGGAGUUCAAAUUGCACACGGUUUUGACAGCGCCAUUGCAUAUGUUCGUGGACCCGAACCAACAAGACUUUUUAUUAGGACAUAAGUUUAUGCAAUAUUCUGCAUUUUUUUUUGACAUCAUUAUCAAAAGCAUGGCUCAGUACUUAAUUAAUACAGGAAGAAUCAAGAUGUCUAGAAAUGAAAGAUUUCACGCUGAUUUACUGGAUAACAUUGAUAAACUUGUGACGAUUGUUGAACCAUCGUAUAUAUUACAACAGCCCAUGCAAACUCAUAUAUUCAACAAGAAUCUUGCCAAUUUUCUCAAGUCAUGUCUAUCGUUCAUGGACAGAGGUUUUGUAUUCCGACAAAUAAAGAAGUAUUUAGAAAAAUUCAAGGCGUGCGAUCCGAAGGCAUUGUUUGAGUUUAAAUUUACAUUUCUUCAGACGAUCUGCACCCAUGAACACUUUGUGCCAUUCAACUUGCCAUUACAAGCCAAUUUAUUAACCAAAGACUCCGAUGAAGAUCCGGCUAAGCUAAAACUUACAGAUGAAUUUAUUAUGACCCAUUUUCUUGCGGGAACUUUAUUAAAACAAGUAGAGCAAUCGUUGAGGGAGGCGCCUCAAAAGCGUCGCACAGCGCUUGGAGUGCUACGUUCCUUGCUAACGAAGCACGAACACGACGAUAGAUACAGAACGAGACAAUGCCGGGCUAGACUAGCUCAUCUCUACGCGCCGUGGCUGACCAUCGUAUUGGGAAACGCACAUCGCUUAGUCACAAAAUCCCUUGCGAGUCCCGUAGUGGAAAACGGUCACGAUAGGCCCGAUGGCGACGCCACCGUAGCUCCCGCAAUAACUAGAAAUACAGAACUAGGGAUACAAAAGGAAGUCGCUUCGGCUAACAGUACUCCAAGAAGGAACCGCCUCACCUUACACUUUGACCACACCCCAGUGCGACACUCCGCCCACUUCAAAGACCCGCCUGUCGUACAGACUAGUCAAUUGUAUGGGAAAGAUAACACAAAUAAUAUGUCGCAAAGCUCACUAGAGUCUGUGUCUACAAUGUCUGGAGGAGAUUCACUUCCCAGAAAUAUAGGACGACUGGAUUUGAAUGAAAUAGGCGACCAAGUCAAUAGAUUCGGUGUGAUGUCUGCAGAGGAGGUGCGUGAUGUGCUUUUGUGUUUCCUGUUUGUGUUAAAGUACUUGGACGAGGAAAGGCUCGUUGAGUGGUGGAAAACUCACUCGCCAGCUCAACAGCAGGCGUUCUUCAAUGUUUUAGAAAUAUGCGGAGAGCAGUUUCAGUAUAUAGGUAGGAAGGGAAUUCUAUCGGAACUAAAGGCUACCACGCCCGACUGCAAUGGCAAACCGAAGCCAGUGAAGGCUCGAACGUUGCCCGCGCGCAUGAGUCCCCCAGACUUCUCCAAGGAACCGUCGAUAGUCGUUGAGAAUAAAAACAAUACUGUGAACAGGGAGAAUCUAGUCACUACCACUGUCACUACAGAGUUGGAAGCCAUAGCUGACCAUACAGUCCUAUCGGCCGGUUGCCUAGCGACAGAAGUCGGUCUCAUCAUAAUAGACCGCGCGUGUCUGUUCAUGAAGAACCUGGGCGCGGCAGACGGGGUUGCGGCCAAACCCUACCUUAAACUACUGCACUACCCGCAGAGUGAAACUCUCUAUAAACACCUGUUUGCAGCGCUGAGGGCUUACAUCAAUCAGUUUUCUGAAACACUGUUUGAAGGUGGCAGCACAUUAUGUGCCGGUGUGGUCAGCGCCGUAGUAAAACUAUGCGAGGCUCGCGCCGCGUGGUUGCGACGAGAAGCUGCUGCGGCACUGUAUCUGUUGAUGAGGGCUAACUUCCAACACGGCUCCGGGGGCAACUUGACUAGGGUUCACCUCCAGGUCAUCAUAGCUGUGUCAAAGUUACUGGACAGUUCAACAGCCCUGAACUGCAAACGAUUUCAAGAAUCACUAUCAGUAAUUAACUGUUUUGCGACUGGAGACAAAGCUAUGAAAGGAACUGGUUUAUCUAGUGAAGUAGCGGAGUUGAUGCGAAGAGUUCGCACCGUGGUUGGAGCUCGGGCACGACUCGCUGGCGUUGGAGGUCAAGGUGGUUCAGGAGCAGGUAGCAUCCACUUAGCAGAAUUACAGCACGCCUUAGCCGUGUCGUGCCGCGCGACACCGAGACUGAGACACGCGUGGCUAGCAACCUUAGCUGAACAUAACGCGCGACAUGGAGAUCACGAUGAGGCCAUGUGCUGCCAAUUGCACAUAGCGGCGCUAAUAUCCGAGUAUCUCAAGCAGCGCGGGAGUCAAACUUGGGGCGCUGACGAAUUUGGUGACAUCUCUAAAAAUAUUCCACGCGAGGAAACGGGCAUCAAAAUCGAUGAAGGAAUGACAGAUAUUCAGUACAAUGAGCAAGCUCUACUGGAACAGCUGAUGAUUUGCACCGAAUAUGUGGACAAAGCCGAAAGAUAUGAGCUACUGGGGCCGCUCUAUAGACUGAUAAUACCGAUCUAUGAAAGGCGGAAGGACUAUCAAGCCUUACUCACUUGCUAUCAGCAUCUCACUAAAGCGUACGCCAAAGUGAUCGAGGUCAAUAACUCUGGGAAAAGGCUACUGGGCCGUUUCUACCGCGUCGCCUUCUUCGGCAAAGCGCACUUCGGAGAAGAUGAAGAAGGAGUCGAGUUUAUAUACAAGGAGCCGAAGCUGACAUCUCUCAGUGAGAUAUCGGAGAAGCUGCAGAACUUCUAUGAGCAAAAAUUCGGUGCUGACCACGUCAAGAUGAUUAUGGACUCCGUUCCGGUUAAUCGCAAUGAGCUAGAUAGCAAACUAGCGUACAUCCAAGUAACUUGGGUGCGGCCCGCGCCAGAGGGCGUGGCAGUAGCAGGCUCAGGCGAGGGUUGUUUCGAGCGCGUUCACAACGUGCGACGAUUCGUCUUUGAAACGCCUUUCACUACCGACGGCGCCGCCAGGGGGCCCGUGCACAAGCAAAGGCUUCGACUAACCCAUCUCACUGCUGAAAACUGGUUUCCCUACGUGAAGCGCCGAGCUCCUGUGGUAGACACUCAAGUAGAAGAGAAGCGACCCAUAGAAGUGGCCGUGGCUGAAAUGGAAAGUCAGGUCGUUGAACUUACGGAUAUUGUCAACGCCAAAGUGCCCGAUCUCAAAAAACUACAGCUCAGGUUGCAAGGAAGUAUUUGCGUGCAAGUGAACGCGGGACCGCAGGAGUACGCCGACGCCUUCUUAGACCCAGCGCUGUCGCACAUGUAUCCAGACGAAUCGGUGGACAAACUGAAGAACACAUUCAAAGAGUUCCUCACUGUGUGCCACUCAGCGUUACAACUCAACGCCAAACUGAUCGGUCCCGACCAGAUGACAUACCACGAAGCGCUCGAGGCGAACUUCUACAAACUGAGCGACUCCCUGUCUACCGUCUUAGGCCAGCCUUUACAAGACAUCUUACUCAAUGGAAACCUCAGCACCACGGUCACCGGAGUUGAACUGGAGAGCAGUAACGCUUAAACUUGUUUAUAGUAUUCUGUAAACAUGAGAGUUAUCUGACUUUAAACAAACAGAAGGAAAAAAAAUCAAAGCAGCCUUAAACCAAACUUCAAUUAAUUACACCGAACAUGUAGUAUAUCAAAUAGUUAGUUCUAAUUAGAAGUCACACUAAUUUGAUUUUCGAUCACAAAUGUUUGAUUCAUGUUUAAAAACACUGCCUUACUGCCUUUAUUUAUAUGCGAAUGUGUAUGCAAAAUUGUUCUUUAUGGCUAAUGUUGAAAGAGGCUUUUUCUUUGUGUCAGAAUAUCAAGUUGUCGCGAAUAUUAUAUGGUUGUAAAUCGCUCAACUUCUUUAAGAUGAUUUUUACUAUGAAUAUGAUGUACUUAACCCGGUUUAUCUCAAUUUUGAUCUGUUGAAAAUAUAAGUUUUAAUUAAUUACCUAUCGAUGUUGAUAACUGUUAUAAGUUAUAAAGAACUAGGUUUUUAAAUAUUUAAAUGCUCUCUAUUUGGCAUGUCAAUAAUUGUAUCAUCAACCUAUUAAUAUCGCCACGGGACGGUUAUCCUAUUGACGGAAUAGGACAGGCUAUAUAUAACCUAGCGUGCCUUCCAAAGCACGGAGGAACUCAAGAUUAUAAUUUUUGAUCACCUGUCUUAACCUUUAAUUGCGGAAGUUGCUUAACUUGCAUGAUCGCAGUCCAAGGGCGUUAACUCGCUUAUCAUUAUCAUAAUUAGAAAAAUCCAUAAAACUCAAUGCCAAAAUAAUUAUGAUUUUGGAACAACUACACUGUUCUAUUAUCACUGUCUUUCAAAAAGAUGGUGUUCAACAGUAUUUUUAUUAAUUUGUCGCACAAUAUCGUAAUAAAAGUAAUUCGAAUCACAAAUUAAAAGGACUAUAAAACUUAAGAUAUUUUACCAACUCGUCUAGAAUAAUGUUAGUGCUUAGGAGUCGAAGUCCAUGUCAACCGUCAAUUACCAAAUCCAUCCUUUUUGUCAGACACUAAUGAUUUGGAUUCGUCUUUGUAAUCUAUCUCGAUAAGGGACGUAACUAAAACGUAAAUCUCAUAUAAACUAGCGAUAUUACAGUUAAAUACGAUACGUAAAGUAAUUAAGGGGUCUGUUUCACUACGUAUGGACAAUUAUAGUAUUUUAUCAAAGAACAAAAGAUUUCAGUUUGGUGUUUGUCAGGGGUCUACAAGACCCUUCAAAUAGUUUUUUUUUUUAAUAAUUAUGACUGUUUAUUUAUUUUGUUGUGUUACAAAUUAAAGUUUAGUGUCACGUUCAAAUAUAGGUUUAAUUUUAUUUGUUUACCUACCAAGAAAACGAAGUGCCUGUAGUAGGUAGCUUCACAAUAUGCAUAAAUGAUAAUUGCAUUAUUUGUAUUCAUUAUUAAAAAUAUAGUAUCCAUUGUUAUUAAUUUCUGAAUUAGUAAUAAUUAGGACCGUGUCAUUAUCUUAUAAUGAAUUGAAAAUUACAUUACAUGACUUCUUUUCAUGGUAGUAAGGAUAGUGUCUAAUAAUAAGCGCUCUGAAUUCAUUCCAUAAUUUAUUUAUUUAUUCAUAUAAUCUAAAUCAUAAUUAAUAUACAGUACUGCACAGCAAAUAAAGUCGCUAAUAAUAAACAACAUAUUGAAACGGCUGCAUUGAUUGAUUAAUAUGUUUCUUUUUGUCAAUACAUUAUUUUGUUCUAAAUUGACAAAAAUAGAAAACACUUCAUUUCCUUAGUUGUGAUCGGAUGGAAAUUAUAAUUGAAAAUCUAUGAACAAAACUUUCUAGUCAUAAGGUAAAGUUUUGUUGGUUGCAUUUUUUUUCAUAUUUUUUAAAUAUGUAACCUCUUUUACAAUUCAUCUAUGAUAGUGGCACCAAUGACCGACAAGAACCAAUUAUCGACUUUUCCCUCUGUGAUCAAUGAAAGGAAGAGUAGAUGGCCGAUCGCUUAAUGUGGUAACACCGAGCGUCUAUAGCUCGAUGUUGCCAUAUUUAGUGAUCGGUUGCCUGCUCUUGUUUUCAUUGAUCACGGAAGAAAAAGUCGAUCAUUGGUUCUUGUCGGUCACCGGUGCCACUAUUUCAUACCUUUCUGGAAGUCUAUUGUUUAUACAGUUUAUCAGUAAUGGUUUCCACAAUGGGUUUAAUGGUGAGCUAUUUAAUAUACAAGUGAACAGUCACUUAAACACUCAGGUGAAACAAAAUUAUUCUCAAGUCAUUUAAGAUCAUUGUAUCAAACAUGUUUAGGUUAUAAUUCAGUUGAAGAAAUUUGAUAAUUUUAGAUAACUUGAGUGCUAAAAUGGAGACAUUGCAAUACGUCUGAAUGCAAGGCUGCGUUCUAAACCUACGCUCUGAGUGCAAAUUUUUAACUUGACGUUUCAAUUUUGACAAAAAAAAUAUGAAGCUGAUGGCAACUUUGACGCACCUAGAGCGUAGGUUUUAACGCAACCCAAUUCCUUUUCCAAAUAAUAAACGACAUCCGGAUUCAUUGGUAUUUGCGUGCGCUCAGUUGUUAUCUAGCAAACUGAUAAAAAUUCGUGUCCACGGACCACACAUCUGAAGUGAAACUUCUUAAAUAACCUAAUAUUAGGCGGUGCAUAAGGCCUAGGGGAAUGGAGCAGCGCACGCAUCACUCAUAUAUAUAUAUAUAUUGUCGCGUGUGACGCUCGUGACACAUUUCCGUUUCAUCUUUUCCAUUUACACCCUGUCCGAAAAGAAGUGUCACUUCAGUAAUUGCAACUAAAAGAUUCUUCUUCUUUUUAGCCCUCCUAAUAUGAUGUUGACUGUACAUUUAGUACUAUUCUGUUCCGAUCGUAGAAAAAUGAAAAAAUAUCACUUUCGUGGCUGUAUAUUAUUAUAUAUUUAUUCAAAUUAUGUGAAUGUAACAUGGGAUUCAAUAUGCAAAUUAUGUUUUCACAGCGAGAUGAUCUAUCUGUCAUGUCGGCUGUGAGGUAUGUGGUGUGCGUGCCAUUUUCCAAACUUAAACUUGCUUCCGGAUUUAAGUUAUUUGCAGAAUACUAAAGCUUUAAACAUACAGCCUGCAUUUUGACUGCCUUAAGCUGCAGUUGGAACGACUCUAAUAAUUACCUUCUAAUAAUUUAAAGGUUUUCAACUUCUGCUGGAUUUUUGCCAGGUUAUGAGAAAAUAAUAAAAUUUUGCACAAUGUUCGUUAUGAGUCCCAUCCUUAUAAAAAUAUAUCAGUUGCCCUUCGCCAUACAAAAAAAAUAUAUCAAAAUCCCCACAUGGCAGUAAAAGGUGAUUAUGGAGUCUAUUCUGGCAUGAAAGUAAACUUAAAACAACAUUUAACAACAGCCUCCCCCUUUCAUUCUAUAUUGAAAAUGAUAAGGAUACACUGUUGUUUAAUUUAAUUUUAGGCUUAGAGAAUCAAUUGACUGUAUUAGGGCUCUGCGUUCUAAAUAGGCUUUCAGAUUAUAGUGUUUGUAAAUAAUAUUCGUAUUUAACAGGUAUGGGUUCUAUUAAUAACAAUUUUAUGGUACUUAAAUAAAUCCCAAUUGACUUACGUACUUAUAUAAGAAUUUUGAACAAAAUUCACUCAAGCUAUUUUUUUUAUAUUUUAAUAUCAUUGAUAUAUUAAAACAAGUAGACUCACAAUCGCGUUUAAAAAGUGUCUUAAACAAUAUUACGCACACUCGUCUAAUGUGCGUAAUUUUUAAAACAGUCUUGAUUCGACCGCCCAUCGAAUACAACGCCACGCAUUGAUACCUAAAAAACAUGAGCGUCGUAUUUCAGGUAAGUGUCCUUUUAAACUUCCAAAAUAACGCAACUAUCUUGGCGUUUUCGUAUUGCUAAUUAAUUACAUUUUAAUAGUUACAAUAAUGUAUCUCUCCACGUGUGCAGCUUGUGCGUCACGUGAUCGUGUAUGUGUCUCUCGCGCCGUAAUCAAACUCUUUCUCUCGUUUACAAUUUACAUUGAACCUUACUGCCACGAUAUAACGUGGUCAGUUGAACAAAAUGUCAUCUCUAUGUUGAUGCUUAUGUAAAAUACAGCGCCGCCCGGCGUUUUUUGUUUCAAUUUUGUUAGGCGAUUGCGAGUCUAUUUGUUUCUAUGCGACAAUGUACAAAUUAAAUAAAGAAAUAACGUGAAAAAUUUAUAAAGUAGGCGUCAGUCCCGUACAAAAUUUAAUUGAACAUGAAGCCGUUGAAAUAUUAUACUAUUUAUUAGCCAAACUGUAUGUAGUCAUAUUGUUGUUGUAAAUUAUAAUAAUAAUACAUAAUCAACGCACACAUGAAUUAUGAUAUGAAGCGACUUUUAUGACUUAAUCUGAAUUUCACAGUUUUAUUACAUUUUUUUUAUAAUACUUACUACCUGUU